AUGUCGUUCAAGAAAGUGAUCUCCAUCCUGGUGAUCUGCGUGGUGGCCGUGCAGGGCGCGAGCGUGCCCUCGCCAGCUCACUCGGAAGGUGUGGUGGGCGAGUUGAGCUGGUCGUGCGUCAACAACGUAAGCUGCGUGACGGGCCUGGCACAGGACGUCAUCCAGAAGCUGAAGGAUCGCCGCUCGAUCGACUUCGGCGUGUUCAGCGUCCAGCCGGUCGACCACAUCCCGCUCCAGGUCGAGGGCCGCUCGUCCCGCGCGCUCGACUUCCUCAGCGGGAACGCCCUCCAGGUCCCGCUUGGUCCGAUGGUCGUCAACGUGGAGCGCUCGGCUGACUAUCCGAACUUUAUCGAGGUGUCGCUGCUCCGAAAGGCCGAUGGUGCCCGUGGAAGGACCCGCAAGCAUAUGCGCUUCUUCGUGCCCGCAUUCUUGGUCUUCAGCCAGAUCGGUUGGUAUGCGCUUGCCAUCGCCGGUGUGAAGCUGCUCGCGAUUAAGGCCUUUUUGGUCGCUAAAAUUGCCCUAAUUGUCGUAGCAAUGAUGACGUUCAAGAAACUCAUGGAACCAGUCGCCGUUAUGCCGCCGCCGUACUUUGACCAUCCGGAACCGUUCAUGAUGCCGUACGGUAUGGACUUCCACCACGGCUUCCCGGGAGCCAGCAACGACGUGUACUCGAUGGGACUGGGCGGCCACCUGGGACACCACGACGGGCCGUCGGCCCUGCACGGCGCCGACGGGGGCCUGGGAGCGGCCAGCAACGUGAACGCCGCCGUCGUCGACGCCAACGCCGCCGCGGACAAGUCCGGCAGCUCGCCGGCCCAGCCCGUGUCGGUCGCCAGCGGCAACGAGCGUCAUCAUUUCAGCGCCGGCAGCAAGAUCAAGCGGCAGGACUUUUACCCGACCCAGGGCGCAGCCAAGUACCUCUAA